CCCAGGUCAGUGGAAUUGUGGUUCUCUGAGACUGGGUGACGUGAAGAAAGGAUUUCAGAGUGACGCUCUGGGAGUGCUGAGUGGGGAAGCUUAAUACUUACUACAGAGACAAAGAUACACUGAGAAGACUUGAAAGGAGCUGGGGAUAGUGACAGAUACUAGCUGCCACCAAUUCCAGAGAAAAGAAUCCCAGAAGGAACUUUGUUGGGGAUUGAUCGACGUAACCAGCCUGUUUGCUGAAAAAGAAGAAUAAGCCACAGGAAGCGAUUUAAAAAUCACUGCAGGUGUGUGAACAACAUUGCUUCUGCAACAAAAGCCUAGACUCACCACAUCCUAGGAAGAGAAUGGCCACUUCCUGGGGGGCAGUCUUUUGCAUGCUGGUGGCAUCCUGUGUUUGCACGACUGUCUUCCACAGAGACCAGCAGACUUGGUUUGAGGGUGUCUUCCUGUCUUCCAUGUGCCCCAUCAAUGUCAGUGAUAGCACCUUAUAUGGAAUUAUGUUUGAUGCAGGCAGCACUGGCACACGGAUUCAUGUUUACACCUUUGAGCAGAGAAUACCAGGACAGCUUCCAGUUCUGGAAGGAGAAAUUUUUGAUGCUGUGAAGCCAGGGCUUUCUGCUUUCGUAGAGGAACCUAAGAGGGGUGCUGAGACUGUUCAAGGACUCUUAGAGGUGGCCAAAGACUCGAUUCCCCGAAGUCACUGGAAGAGGACCCCAGUGGUCCUAAAGGCAACAGCAGGACUUCGCUUACUACCAGAACAGAAAGCCCAGGCUCUUCUCUAUGAGGUAGAAGAAAUCUUCAAGAAGUCACCUUUCUUGGUACCAGAUGACAGUGUUAGCAUCAUGGAUGGAUCCAAUGAAGGCAUCUUAGCUUGGAUUACUGUGAAUUUUCUUACAGGUCAGCUGCAUGGUCAUGGCCAGGAGACUGUGGGUACCCUCGACCUGGGGGGGGCCUCCACUCAAAUCACCUUCCUGCCCCAGUUAGAGAAAACCCUGGAACAAACCCCUAGGGACUACCUCACUUCCUUCGAGAUGUUUAACAGCACUUAUAAACUCUAUACACAUAGUUACUUGGGAUUUGGAUUGAAAGCUGCAAGACUAGCAACCCUGGGAGCCCUGGAAACGGAAGGGAUUGAGGGACACACCUUCCGAAGUGCAUGUUUGCCAAGAUGGUUGGAAGCAGAGUGGAUCUUUGGGGGUGUGAAAUACCAGUAUGGUGGCAACCAGGAAGGGGAAAUGGGCUUUGAGCCCUGCUAUGCCGAAGUGCUGAGGGUGGUCCAAGGCAAACUUCAUCAGCCAGAUGAGGUCCGGAGAAGCUCCUUCUAUGCUUUUUCUUAUUAUUACGAUCGAGCUGCUGAAACCGACCUGAUUGAUUAUGAGAAGGGUGGCAUUUUAAAAGUUGAAGAUUUUGCAAGAAAAGCAAGGGAAGUAUGUGAUAACCUGGAGAACUUCAGCUCGGGCAGUCCCUUCUUGUGCAUGGAUCUCAGUUACAUCACAGCCUUACUGAAGGAUGGUUUUGGCUUUGCAGAGAACACUGUCUUACAGCUCACAAAGAAGGUGAACAAUAUAGAAACGGGCUGGGCCUUGGGGGCGACUUUUCACCUGCUGCAGUCUUUGGGCAUGACACAUUGAGGCCACACCCUUCCUCAGAGGCCACGUUUGCUGCUGCCUUUGUCAGGGGAGGAGCGAAGACCCCAUCACAUUCUAGCCAGCCUUGGGAAGCUGCCUUGACUGGAACCCAGUUGACUUCAUCAGCUUUGUCGAUGGGCUUUGUCAAUGGGUCUUGCCCUUUGGAUUUUAUUAAUUUUACACAUCAAAUGUGAACUGUUAUGUCAUUACUCUUGUGUCUAGAGCUGGCACUAGAGUCUAAAUAGUUGAGAUUCCUCUCUCACUGGGAACCAGAAAGAAUCGCUGUGGGCUGUGGAAUUAACCUGGAGGGCCCAGGGACAGACCCUGGGAACCAAAGAAAAUCUCAUUUCAACUUAGUGCCUCAUUCCUUUGAACAUUUGAAUUGUCCUCUUUCACACUAAAUGAACUGGUUGUAAUCCCAUAGCUACUGAUUUUAGACUUGUUUUUCUCAUACACUUUCCACCUCACCGUUCUUUCUACCCACCACCCUUUUGCAAAAGAGAAACUUACCUGGUUUUGCUUUUUCAUGUGUAAUUCAAGGGAACAAAAAGGUA